AUGAAAGCUAGUUUUAUUUUUAGUGUUUCUUCUGCCACCACGGAUAAUUUUAACGAAACAAUUAAUGAGGAUGGGAUAUCAACAUCUUCGAUAUCUUCAUCCUCCUCUGAAUCACCUGCUAUUAUAGAUGAAUUAAAUAUUAUUGAAAAUGAAGCUAUGGAUAUUGUUGAUGGAAUUAUAAAUUCUCGUCCUUCCCCAGCGUCAUCAGAUUCAUCUUCUACUCUUUCAGCAUCUUCUAAAGUUUCUAGAUGCCGUAGAGCUGCUGGUAGAAUUCUUCCAUCAUCUAUUAAUUUAUCAAAAGCAAAAAAAAAUCGUGCAUCUAAUGAUGAAUCAUCUUCAUCAUCCUCUUCAUUAUCAAAUGAUGUACCAACAACAAGUAUUAAAACGGGAGAAUGUAAAAGUAGUAAAAAAUCAACAUCAUCAUCAAUGGUAGGAUUAUCUGGAGAUAGUAAUAAUGGAAGUUCAUUUACUUCUGGUGGACCAUCUUCUGUACCUAAACCAUUUAUUCCAUAUGCAAAUACUUUCAGUAGUGGAUCAUCAGCUUCAGGAGCCAGUAAUUUAGCACAUGCUGCUGGAAGACAAUUAAUGAAUUUUCUUGGACCAAGAAUGUCUAUGUUUGGUGGUUCUGGAUUAAGUGGUCAUCCAGCUAAAAUAAUGGAAGAUCUUACUUCAAAUGAAGAAUUAAUACAAUUAACUGCAGCAAAUGAUUUAGCUGAAACACUUAUUAUGCAUAACGAAGAUAAUAUGCCACCAUUUCCUAUUAAAGAAGUUGUCCAAAUUCUUAUACAACUUCUUCAAAAAGAACAUAAUUACGAGUUAAUGCUUGUUGCUUCAAGAUGUAUCUCAAAUUUAUUAGAAGUUCUUCCAAGAACUUAUACAAUUGUUAAUGAAACGGUCCCAUAUCUUCUUCAAAAAUUAGAAAGGAUAGAAUGUAUUGAUGUUGCUGAACAAUGUUUAAUUGCUCUUGAACAUAUUACAAGAAGAAGUGCCAAAUUAGUUUUAAAUGCCGGUGGAAUACCUGCAGCUAUUUCACAUGUUGACUUUUUUUCAAUGCCUUCACAAAGAUUAUCAUUUCAAAUAGCUGCUAAUUGUGCUAAUCAUAUUACAUCAAAUGAAUUUGGUUUAAUAAAAGAUAGUGUAUCAUAUUUAGUAUGUAGAUUAAAUGGAGAAGAUGAUAAAAGAAUUCUCGAAAGUAUAUGUACUUUUUUUUAUAGAGCUGUUGAAAAUUUACAGGGAAAUCCAAAUAUAUUACGUCAAUUAAUUGGAAAUGAUGAUGAAUUGUUAAAAGCAAUUCAAAAUAUUCUUACAAUUCAAGGAAAUUCUUUAUCAACAAAUACUUUUCAAAAUCUUAUUAAAAUGAUUCGUCAAAUAUGUUCAAAAUGUACUGACAAAGCUGUUGUUUUAUUAUCAAAACUUGAUUUUGCUCAAACUAUACGAUUAUUAAUAGUUGGUAAAUCUGAAAAAAAAGAAUAUUCAGCUGUUGAUUUUGUUAGUAGACCAUCAAAUCAAUUAUUUGAAUUAAUACAAUUGAUGGGUGAACUUAUUCCUGACCUUGCUACUGAUGGUGUUUUUCAAUUAAAUGAAACAAUUGACCAAGUUGUGGCAGUAUAUAUGAAAUCUCAAUCAUCAGGAAGUGGUGGAAAUCCACUUUCUUUAGCUUCUUCUGUUUUACACAGAGCAGUUCCACAUAGUGCACUUGUACAUGCACUUUCAGCUACUGGUCAACCUAUUAGUUUUUCAAUGCCUAUUUCAUCAAGUAUGAUUCCUGUUAUGGAAGGAGGAACUGGUGGUCCAUCAAGAUGGAGAAAUUUAGAAGGUGCUCUUUUUUCGCAAGAACAUCAACCAUAUGAACAAUGUAUGUCAUGGUUUGUAGAAAGGGAUGGUGGUUGGAGAGGAAUGUCACCACAAGAUAAUAUUUUUAUAGAAAAAAAACAAAUUUCUGGCGAAAUUGAAUUUACUUUUAAUGUAAAUAAUAGUGAAUAUUUUGGUUGGCAUGUUAAUCUUCGUACUGGAACAAUUGAACAACGUGCUUCAAAAAUUUCUUAUAAUAUUGAUAAAAAACUUACUGUAAAAGCAGUUGAAAAGGCACCAUUAAAUCAAAAUCAACAAUAUCAGGAAUCAUCUACAAUACAACCAAUGGAAGAAGUUGAAAUUGAUGAAAGAAAAGAACUUUUAAAAAAUAAUCCAACACCAAUAUUGGUUGCAAUUCAACUUUUAUUUCCAAUACUGGUUCAAAUUGGUGAAAAUCUUUCAUCAUUUCAUUUACGUUAUAAAUCAUUACGAGUAAUGAUGCGUAUGAUUGCAGCUUUGGAUAAUAGUACAGAAUCCCAGGAACUUGUUUCACGCCUUCAAUUUUCUGGUUAUUUAGCGAAUUGUCUUUCGACUUUAAGUAACAGUAAAAGAGAUAUGGGUAUUGUUGUUUCAGCAAUUCAAAUUGUUCAUAUUUUAAUUGAAAAAUUUCCUAAUGUCUUUACAACAAUUUUCAAAAGGGAUGGUGUCUUUUUUGAAAUAGAAAAACUUUCUCAUAUCAAAGAUAAUGCAGUUAAACCAUUAGGACAAUCAACUAAUAUAGAGAUAGAUUCAAAUUCUGGAGAUGGUUUUAAUAAUCAACAAAUGAUGGCGCAACAAAUUUCAUUUGAUACAAAUAAUGGAAAUAAUAUUAAUCAACAAAGAAGUUCUUUUCCUCAUACUAUAAAUAAUGAACCACAACGAGUUAUUUACCCUUCUGGUAGAAAUGAUUAUGGUUAUCAUGUAAAUAAUCCCUACAUACCCACACCAUCAUCUCGUUCUAGUGCACCAUCAACAAUUCUUGCUUUGGAACAACAGUAUCAUAGACAAUUUAUGGAUAAUAUGUAUCUUACUAGAAUGCAAUCACAUAUGCCUAGUUAUGGAAUUGGUGUAUCCCCAUAUAUUGGUGCAACUUCUUCAAAUAUACCUCCACAUCCAUCAACUAUGCAAUAUGUAAUGAGACCACAAAUGAUACCAACUGUCAAUUCUGGUCGUGAUAGUCUUGCUCAUAUUACAAGUUGGAUUAAUGGACAAGGAACAUCUUCUUCACUUCCUUCAACAACAUCUACAAAUAUUGGUUUACAAAAAAUGGGGAUUGGAAAAGUUAAUUUAAUUGAAGAAACAAUAAAACCAUGGAUUGCUGCAGAAACAAAAUAUCUUCUUGAUACAUAUUGUUAUAAAGAUGGUGUAUCAGGAUGCCAUUCAACAGAUAAUAUUGUAGAUUCAUUAACAGAAAUUGCAACUUCACUUAAUGACAAAAGUAUUGAUACAAAACCAGAAAUUAUUAAAGAGAUGAUGGACAUAUUUAUGAGUAAUGAUAUUUCUCCUUUCCAAAUAACAAAAUCCGGUUUGAUAGGAGCUCUUACAGAAUACUUAACGGAUACAUCCUUAGAUAGGAUGUCAUGUAGAUACAAUAGAUUACAAAAUUUUAUGGGUGUUUUCUUUAACCUUACAACAAAUAACGGGUUUAAAAUUACAAGACUGGAGGAUUACGUAGAUGCAUCAAAGAAUUUUGGUAUAUUUGUUAAUAAAGUUGUCUCCGCUGUUAAUCAACUUGAACAAUUUCAAGUUAAAACAUUUGACUUAGCUCCAUCAUCAUCAUCUUCGUUACAGGGACUUGCUGCAAUGAAAUUUUUCAAUCAACAUCAAAUUAGAUGUCAAUUAAAAAAACAUCCUAGUUGUAUGAAACUUGGUGAUUGGAGACAUUCUAACACACCAAUAAAAGUUGAUGCUUUUACAACAAUUAAUUCUAUAUUAAGAUAUCUUUUUGAAAGAGGUAUUGGUAGUCAAAAGAAUACUACUGAUGAGGGUGAAGAUUCUUCUGAUGCAGAUAUGAUGACUGAUGAAGAACUUGAGGAAAGAAUAAAUAAAAAUAGGAGUAAAAUUUCAACAUAUCAAGGACAGGUAGAGUUAUUAAUUAAUGAUAGAAUUAUACCAAAGGAAAUGACUAUGCUUCAAGCAGUUAGAACAUAUGGAUUAAAUUUGAAACCCGAUGAUACACAUUUACCAUCAAAUAUAUGGAAUAAUUGUUUUACUAUGUAUUAUCGUGCUGUUGAAUAUACUAGUCAAAUAUCUAAAGAUAAUAAUACAUCUGUUGAUAAUAAUACUAGAUCAUCUCCAUUUACUUUUAAUCUUGGUUUUGGAAAUAGUUUACUUAAUUUUAAUGAAAAGAAAAAAACAAAAAAAGAUUAUAAAAGUAAACCUUGUUAUAAAUUAUGGUUUAAUGGAGAAAUACCUGAAGUACAAAAUCAAUUAGAUAAAUAUUUGGCUGAUAGUGUUACUCUUUCUAUUUCAGAUCCAUCAUUACCUUCAAUUAUACUUCUCAAAGUUUUAUAUGGUUUAAAUAGAUAUUAUUGGACACUUUUUACUGAUGAAAAUAGUCUACCAUUAACUCAUAAACCUUUGAUAUCAAAUUCAUCAUUUGUAUCAUCAAAAUUGAAUGCUAAAGCAAUUAGGCAAUUAAGUGAUUUUGUUGCUAUUUGUACACAAUCAUUUCCUUCAUGGUUAAUAGAAUUAAUUCACCAAGCACCAUUUUUAUUCUCAUUUCCAACUAGAAGAAAUUUCUUUUAUUUUUCUGCAUUUGGUAAAGAUCGUGCUAUGGUUCAUAUGGCUCAAUCUGGUGGAGCUGAUGAGAAUGAUCAAGAAGGUGGUAGUAAAUAUCUUCCUAAUAGAGAAAAGAAAAAAGUUGUUAUUAAAAGAGAUUCUAUAUUAAAGCAAACACAAAGUAUUCUUUCUGCUAGUAAUAAAUCACGUGUUUAUAUGGAUGUUGAAUUUGAAGGUGAAGUUGGUACAGGAUAUGGACCAACAUUAGAAUUUUAUUCUCUUAUCUCAAGUGAACUUCAAAAACAUUCAUUGAAACUUUGGAGAGGUACACCUGUUAAAAGACCAACAACAUCUGAUCAAAAUUUGGAAGAUGAAUAUACAUAUGCUGAUAAUGGUUUAUAUCCAGCUAUUGCUUAUUCUAAUCAUAGUAAAACUAAAGAAUCAAGAAUUAAGAAAAUGGAAAUGCUUGGACGAUUGAUGGGACAAACAUUAUAUGAUAAUAGAAUGCUUGACAUUCCAUUUAAUAGUGUUAUUUUUAAAUGGCUUCUUAAUGAUACAAAUUCUUUUACAUUUGCUGAUCUUGAAGAAGUUGAUGGAGUAUUAUAUGAUGCAAUGAAAAAAUUAAUGGAAACAGAUGAAAAAGAUUUUGAAGCUGUUUAUCAAUUUUUCACACUUCCUGGAAAUGAUUCAUUUGAAUUAAUUAAAGGAGGUAAAAAUAAAUUAGUAACAAAAGAAAAUGUAUCACAGUUUGUCAAAUUAGUUUCACAUUGGAUAUUAAAAGAAGGUAUCAUUUCUGAAAUGGAAGCUAUGAAGAAUGGUUUUGAAGCUAUUAUAAAUAUAAAAAAAAUGAAAAUAUUUUAUCCAGAAGAAUUAGGAUUACUUCUUGGUGGUGUUAAUCCAAUUUCAAAUGAUGAAUUUUGGGAAAUUGAAACAUUAAAGAAAGCUUUCAAACCUGAUCACGGAUAUUCUCAUGAUUCUGCACAGGUUAAAUGGUUAAUUGAAAUGCUUUUUGAAUUUAACGGAGAUAAUAGAAGAAAAUUUCUUCAAUUUGUUACAGGAUCACCACGCCUUCCAGUGGGAGGUUUUAGAUCAUUAUGUCCAGCAUUAACUAUUGUCAAGAAGACUGCAAGUAAUGGAAAGAAUGAUGAGGAGUUACCUUCUGCUAUGACAUGUUACAAUUAUCUUAAGAUUCCACCAUACUCAACCAAAGAAGUAUUUCUUUCUAAAUUUGAUGCUGCUCUUAAUCAUAUUUAUAUGGUGGAUUAUGAAGCUUUUGUGUCGUAUUGUAUUAGUACUAGUUUAUAA